AUGAGCAAAACACUUAAACAGGAUAACAGGAAUAAGAAUUACAUAAAAAAUACAGACGAUUUGAACAACAUUUUCUUUUCCAAGUCAUUUCAGUUGUUCCUUAAUGAAUUUGAUCAAUCACAAGAUACAAAUGCAAUAGUUAAUAUUCCACCAAUGAAAAAUGAAAUAGAACCUAAAGCAGAGGCUAAAACGUCAUUCAAUUCUCGUAUAACUGAACUCAGAAUUAAGCGAAAUCAUGACAAUACAAUCGCAAAUCACAAAGAACAAGCUAGCACUCUCGAAAAGCACAUGAAGCGUCUUGAAGAGUUAUCAAAGAAUAACCAAGAUAAUAUUGAUGAUGCAUUUAAGAAAGAAUCCGCAGAAAGAGCUGAAAUUCCUGCUUACAUUCGUCAUGAAGAGGAAGAUUUAGAAAAGAUGAAGACAAGAAGAAGCGCACAAUCUCGUAAAGGUAUUGAUAUUGCAAAUACUGUAAAGCAAUUUGAAAAGAGAUUGAAAGAAUCUCAAGAAAAUGGAGAAAAGAGAGCAAAGGAACGUAGAAUGCGCCUUGAAGGAAAGAAGCCUAAAUAA